AUGUUGGCUAGUCUGUGUUGCUGGUUGAAUUCGAAUAAGGAGCUGGACGAGGUUGACGAUGAGACUGAGUGUUUGGUUGACGAUGUUGUGGAAAAUGAUUACACUGAUAACGACGGCGAGCCAUGUCGAAAUCAUUGUGAGAAAAUGAGUGAGAGCGAUGAUUUCGAAUCGGUGGGACUUCAAGCUGACGCCUCCGACGCCGUCAGCAUCCACACGAAUCGUCGGGCAUCAUCGGCGGCAGCGAGCAGUGCCGAUGAGGAGAUGUCGGAACUUGAAGGAAUCGACAACGAAUCAUAUUGCACGUCGCCGUGGGGCGAUUCGCCAUCGCCGACGACGUGCUCGAUGACAUCGGGCUAUCAGAGCAAACUCGACGACACCGAAUGCGACGUCGACGAGCUGAGCGAAGAAUCGGUGGUUUUCGGCUUCAAUUAA